AUGGCGGAAUUAACUCUUUCUUGUCUGUCGCUGGAAGGGCCCAAUAGCGAGGAAAUAUUGUUGGGGCAAAAUUAUGGAGAGCGCGGGAGGGCGAUAAUUAAUAUACUCUGUAAUCAGGUCCGGGAGAGAGUUCCGUGGCUGACAAGCAGGGAGCGCGGCGACAGUCGGUUGUCAACUGAAGGGCGGCAGGGAGUGCUGAGUAGUGUGAGGAUAGGCAGAGGCCGACGUCGAGACAGAUGGCCAGCAGCAGCAGCAGGGGAGGGGAGAGGAGAGGAGAGAGAGGUUGAUGAGGACGUUAGGAAGAUAGAGGAGUCAGUCGGGCUUAAAUUUGGGGGUUUUCUGAGUCUUAUACGAGAAGGGCGAGUAAAAGACACGACAAGGCACGGCGAGGCAGGCGAGGCAAGACUCGCGGUGCCGUGCACGUCCAGGACGACCAGUCUUACAAGUAGCCGGUACCUGGCGCUCGCUCUGUUCUGGCUGCCACGGCCGUGGGACGCUGGGCCAGGGGGAGGUACCUGGUACAAAGGCCUCCUUACGCCGUGGUACAAUGGUACAGGACGUGCGGCGGAGAUACACGCUGCACAGCAAAAGCUUCACAGUAUAUUCCACAGUAUAUUCACAGUGUUCACAGCCAAAAGGGGUUAUCGAAAGGGGGUCGGUUUCGGGGGAGUGAGGCGCGGGAGGACCGCCGGCGCUGGCCUAACCGCAUCAGGCGCACCGCGUUGCUGGAAAUUACCUCGUGUCCUGUCCCCCGGUAUGAGCUUUUCGCUUUCCGAUCUAGACUUGUCUUGA